AUGAGUGCGGCGUUCGGUUCGUCCUUCGCGAUGAUGCAGCGUCCGGUGGGAAACACCACCGCCUUCAGCAUCGAUUCGCUCAUCGGCGGCUCUCAGCAGCCCAGUCCGGGACACUUCGUGUACACUGGUUAUCCCAUGUUUAUGCCCUACCGUUCUGUGGUGCUUCCUCCACCACCUCCUCCUCCUCCACCACCUCCACCUCCUCCUGGUCUGACUCAGGCGCCUCAUCAUCAGCUUGCCGCUUUACCAGCCGCUAUACCCGGCGCUUUCUGCUCCAGUUUGGCGCAGGGCAUGGCGCUCACCUCCACGCUCAUGGCCAGUUUGCCCCAGCACCCGGAAGCGGCCCGGAAGUUCGGCACGCAGGCGCUGCACGUGGCCUUUGAUAAAUCCCAUGAGAUCCGACUGGAUGCGGAAGACGGUAAAAGUUUCCUGACCAAAGAGACCGCUGCGCUUCUGCCCUUCCACGACGAGCCUCUGCACUGCAUUCUCCCACCCACAGUACGAGGUCACGGCAAAGAUGAUCCCAAGGAAGACGAGUGCACCAGGAAGGACGAGAGCUUCUCCAUGGACAGUGACCUCGACUACAGCUCGGAUGACAACAUGGCCCCUGCAUCCAACCCGCUGUGUGCUAAAGAGGACGGUGAGGGGAGUGCGGGGCUGGAGGAGGGCGCGCGCUCCGGGAGCGGCACCUCGGGCGGAAAAAACCGGAGGCGGCGGACGGCGUUCACCAGCGAGCAACUGCUGGAGCUGGAGAAGGAGUUCCACUGCAAGAAGUACCUGUCUCUGACGGAACGCUCGCAGAUCGCGCACGCCCUGAAACUCAGCGAGGUGCAGGUGAAAAUCUGGUUUCAGAACCGCAGGGCCAAGUGGAAGCGCGUGAAGGCGGGGAACGUGAACACCAAGGCGGGAGAACCGUCCCGAAAUCCUAAAAUCGUGGUGCCCAUUCCUGUGCACGUGAGUCGCUUCGCCAUCCGGAGCCAGCAUCAGCAGCUGGAGCAAGCGAGACCGUGACAUGCGCUGGACUCUGGACCAAAAACUCACUCGAGUGACUCGUUUACAGAAGCCACAUGUGAAAUAUGAAUAUUGUACAUUUACACGCAUGCGGGAUAAAAUCUCUACGUUUAUCCUCGAGGAAGAAGCAGUGACGGACUUUCCGGUUAUACUGCAGCCUGAAUAAUGCGGCAGAAUUACACGCGUCCAGAAGU